AUGAGCAUCGGUGUUUAUAUUAUCUUCCUUAGUGUUUUAGCGAUGAGUCUUGACGUUGGAAGAGGAAAAACCACCAUGGACCCGUGUCUUGAGUCGAUGAAGACUGCUUCACUGCCUGAUCUUCCGUAUCCUUACGAUGCACUAGAGCCAGCGAUCAGCGAGGAGAUCAUGCGGUUGCAUCACCAGAAACACCACCAGACAUACGUUACUAAUUACAACAAAGCCCUCGACCAACUCCGCUCAGCCUUGGCCAAUGGUGAUCACUCCUCCGUCGUCAAACUUCAGAGCCAAAUCAAGUUCAACGGCGGAGGCCACGUUAACCAUGCAAUCUUCUGGAAAAACUUAGCUCCUGUUCAUGAAGGAGGUGGUAAGCCGCCGCACGAUCCUUUGUCUUCGGCUAUAGAUGCUCAUUUCGGAUCCUUGGAAGAAUUAAUGCAAAAGAUGAACACUGAAGGUGCUGCUGUUCAGGGAUCUGGAUGGGUGUGGUUUGGAUUAGACAAAGAGCUGAAGAGACUUGUCGUUGAGACCACGGCUAAUCAGGAUCCAUUGGUGACUAAAGGAUCAGACUUGGUUCCUCUGAUUGGAAUUGACGUAUGGGAGCACGCAUACUAUCCACAGUACAAAAAUGCGAGAGCGGAGUACUUGAAGAACAUAUGGACUGUGAUCAACUGGAAAUAUGCUUCGGACAUAUUUGAGAAGCACAACCGACAUCUAAACGAGGUUUAGACGAAAACACGUCUGUGUGUAACAUAUGUGGAUACAGUUGGUAGUUUUUUAAAGUUUCGUUACUAUAGAACCGAAUGCUCUGGAGGUUGAGUAGUGAAUAUGGAAUAAUGUUUAAAAAUGUCAGGUUCCUUGGUGUAAAAUAAACUUGUGAUA